AUGUCCCUCCACGAGAUUAGCUUCAAGCGGGCGCCGGGGCACAUCGGCACAGAAGGCAACGAACUCGCCGACAAGUUAGCAAACCAGGGCGCCCUCCACGUGGCCCAGGGACUCGGCUCCCAGGAUGAGCCCACGAUCAGUGGCAUCCGAUCCGUAUAUCGGAGCCUGCGGGACGAAGCCCGCUUUGCCUAG